UUACAACAUGGAGUUGUUGCGUGAUUUUUCUAUUUUAUCAAACUUUUCUAGAUGGAAUAAUUGCCAAAUAUUAUACAGAAAUGUGAAAAAAAUAAGUACAUGCAAUUGUAAUUUUGUUGAACCAAAAAUCAAAGAUUCUGAGUUCAUUAAUAUUGCUGGCAAAAGUUAUUUGCGAGACGAGCAGACGAAUGUUACUCCUCAUAUAUUAUCUUUUAUUUCACGUAAUUUACAUCGCCAAAAAGAUCACCCAUUAAACAUUAUUAAACUUAUUAUCGUUCGUUACAUGUACGGUAGUUUUUUGAAUCGGUGUGGUAAUCCUUUAUUUUCUGUUUAUGACCACUUAUCACCCAUUGUAACUACUCAUCAAAACUUCGAUAGUUUAUUGAUACCGAAAGAUCACCCUAGUCGCAAGAAAAGUGAUACUUAUUUUAUAAAUUCAAAAUAUUUGCUUCGCCCUCAUACCUCUGCUCAUCAAAAGGAAUUAAUAUUAAGUGGCUUAGACAAUUUUUUGGUUGUUGGAGAUGUUUAUAGAAGAGAUGAAAUUGAUUCUGAGCAUUAUCCUGUUUUUCAUCAAUGUGAAGCAGUGAGAUUGCUAUCUCCUCAUGAGCUGUUCAGCAGUGUGAAGAAUGGACAAGAUCUUGAAAUUUUUGAAAAAGAUACUAGAAGGCCUGAGAAACAAGAAUGCCAUACUUUAGAAGCUACAAAGUUAAUGGAAAAAGAUUUGAAAGAUUGUUUAGUUGGUUUGGUAAAGAGAAUUUUUGGUGCAACCAUUGAAUACAAAUGGACAGAUUCAUACUUCCCAUUCACUCACCCAUCUUGGGAGUUGGAAGUUUUUCAUGAUGGUAAAUGGUUGGAAGUUCUUGGUUGUGGCAUAAUGGAGCAAGAAAUUCUCAACAGAGCUGGCGCAGACAAGAAAAUAGGCUGGGCAUUUGGACUGGGCUUAGAGCGGUUGGCCAUGAAAAUGUUCAGUAUUCCUGACAUCAGACUGUUUUGGAGCAAGGAUUCUGGUUUUCUAUCUCAGUUCAAAGAAGAAAAUAUGGAACUGCAAAUCAAAUACAAGCCUAUUAGUAAAUACCCACAAUGUACAAAUGAUAUUUCAUUUUGGGUGCAAGAAGGAUAUCAUCCUAAUGACUUUUAUGACCUUGCAAGAAGCAUAGGAGGUGAAAUCAUAGAACAAGUGCAUAAAAUUGAUGAAUUUUUCCACCCAAAGCACAGGAGGCAAAGCUUUUGUUACCGUAUUGUAUACAGACACAUGGAAAGAACUCUGUCUCAAUCAGAAGUUAAUAAAAUUCAUGAAGAAAUAGCAAAUGCAGCUGUGAAAUUUCUCAAUGUUGAAAUAAGAUAGUGUAAGUCAUAAAAUUACUGUAAAUAAAAAUAUUCUACAGAGGUUGUUGACUGAUGAUAAAGAAAAAGCACACUAUGAGAGCAAGUGAAAACAUUUAU